GUUAGAGGGGGGAAGGUCACGUGACACAACACGACACAACGUGCAGGUGAAGAGAAUUAUUCGUGAGAGCUUUGGAUUUUACGUCUUUGUUGGAAUAAUCUUAAACAUUUUGGUGGAUGAACUGAGGAAUUUUUGAUAAAAUGGAGUCUAGCAAAGCUGAAUCAACUGCACCCAAACAGGCUAUGGUUUACAUCUGUGGUGAGUGUCAUCAUGACAAUGAAAUUCGACCCAGAGAUCCAAUCCGUUGCAGAGAGUGCGGGUACAGAAUUAUGUACAAGAAACGAACAAAACGCCUCGUCGUCUUCGACGCUCGUUAACAUCAACAUCGUCGUGACAGCCCACGAGGUGAGCCUACGAUUAAAUGAAUCAAGAAUAAUGUAAAGACUAAGGAUAAGUUGUAAAAUAUUGGACUUUGUAAUAAAAUUAAAUUUUUUAAGGAAA